CAGUGCAUUUUGAUUGGCUGAAUACCUCAAGCGUUGUGUAAAUGUUACACCCCUUAACAUAUUGUGAUCGAGUCCAGCCGGAGCGACGAUACACUGACAUAAAACCCAUUAUAAAUGUGAUAUAAACAUGAUUUCCAGUUGUGUCCUCUUUUGAAAGGCCAAACAAAGUAGUUUUACUUUAUUAACGAAACAGCGAGCAGAGCAGAGUGAGCAGAGGCCGGAGGCCGGCUUGAGUGAGCAGAGGUGAGCCGGAUUCUAUGAAGGAUCUUACGACAGCCACAUGUGAGGACCCCGGGCUGGACUCGGCUUCAUCUACAGUGAAAGGCAAUCUGGCGAUCCACAGUGCAAAGUUGUUGUAUUUUCUAAGCGACCAGCACAGAUCAGCUCCAGGCAUGACGAAGCGGAUAUCGUCCUCUUUUGGAAGGCCAAACAAAGUAGAUUCACUUUCACAGUGAAACACACAACGUCUAUACAACAUAGCGUUAGCGACGGCAACAACAAUACUACAACGAGAAUAAAAGCAUUUUAAUGUGUCCCUGCUGAAUAAACUAAUUGACACCACAUUUGUGAUUGGGGUCAGGAGAGUGCUGGGAUUGUCAUGAGUACUGGAACAAACCCACCAACAUACACCACCCUAAAGGGCAUGGGUUUAGUGAAUACAGCUUUUAAAGCAGAGGAUUUGCUGAAACUGCGCAAUGGUAACCUAGGCAUCGGACACACACGUUACUCCACCACGGGCAUCUCAGAGCUGCAGAACUGCCAGCCUUUUGUGGUAGACACUCUGCAUGGCAAGAUUGCAGUAGCACACAAUGGGGAACUGGUCAAUGCCUCCGCACUGCGCAAGAAGGUUAUGCGCCAUGGCGUUGGCCUCUCCACCAGCUCAGACAGUGAAAUUAUUACCCAGCUCCUAGCUUUGACUCCACCCAUGGAGGAGCUAGACACUCCUGAUUGGUUGGCUCGUAUAAAGAACCUGAUGACUGAGACGCCUACUUCGUACUCACUGCUAGUGAUGUAUAAAGAUGUGAUCUAUGCAGUGAGAGACCCCUAUGGAAACAGGCCUCUUUCUAUUGGACGUCUAGUGCCCAUCUCCAGACUGCACAGCUCAGGUGCUGAAGAAACAGACACUGAAGGCUGGGUGGUCUCUUCUGAGUCCUGCAGCUUCCAGUCCAUUGGAGCAAAGUAUUAUCGUGAAGUACAGCCUGGAGAGAUCAUCCAGAUCUCUAAAAAUGGAGUGAAGAGCCUGAGUGUUGUCCCACGGCCAGAUGGAGACCCUCCUGCCUUCUGCAUAUUUGAGUAUGUUUACUUCGCCAGGCCAGACUCCAUAUUUGAAGGUCAGAUGGUGUAUACAGUGAGGCAGCGCUGUGGACAGCAGUUGGCCAUUGAGGCUCCCACUGAUGCUGAUGUAGUGAGCACUGUUCCAGAAUCAGCCACACCUGCAGCAUUAGGAUACGCACAACAAUCUGGGCUUCCAUAUGUAGAGGUGCUGUGUAAGAACCGCUACGUGGGCAGAACAUUCAUUCAACCAAACACUCGCCUACGUCAGCUUGGAGUUGCCAAGAAGUUUGGGGCGUUAACAGAUAACUUUGCUGGCAAACGAGUGGUGCUUAUUGAUGAUUCGAUUGUGAGGGGCAACACCAUCUCCCCUAUUAUUAAACUGCUGAAGGAAGCAGGUGCCACAGAGGUCCACAUUCGAGUUGCAUCACCUCCAAUCAGGUUCCCUUGCUACAUGGGCAUUAACAUUCCUACCAAAGAGGAGCUAAUUGCUAACAAACCAGAGUUUGAGGAUAUAGCAGGUUAUAUUGGUGCUACAAGUGUCCGUUAUUUGUCAGUUGAAGGCCUGGUAUCUGCCGUUCAGAGUGGGAUAGAGUCACAUGGGAAAGAUGCGAGGAUCAGCACCAAGACUACUAGAUUUGGUCAUUGCACAGCCUGCCUCACAGGAAAAUACCCAGUGGAGCUGGAGUGGUGAAUUUCGUCCCUCCGAACUGCUAUUCACAUAAAUGUCUAUUCAUUUCUGUAUAGAAUAGUUUUUUGUUUGUCUUUUGAAAAUCUUUUGUUAAUAUUACGAAAACCAGAAAGCUGUUGUGCUGCUUUAACAAUUGUAAAUGUCAUUAAAGCCAGGCCAAAUACUGUGUGAAUUAAAAUAAAACAUGCUAUUUUUCCUAUUCUCAAACA